CCUGUCUUAAAUGUAAAAGUUACUCAAGAAUCCUCAGACUUGAUUGAGUUUCAAAAAUCUGCCAGCUUCCGCUGCUCCUCGUCUGGAUCAUCUCUCUCCUUCCGCUGGAUGAAAGACUCCUCUGAGAUUACAGCCAGUGACAGAGUUCAGAUUACUGAUGGAGGAUCCACUCUGACUAUUGUCAAUGUGACCAGAAAUGAUGAUGGAUCAUACAGCUGUGAAGUGUCCAAUCCUGUCAGUAAUGCCAACAGUGAUCCAGUAUUCCUCUCUAUCAGCUAUGGCCCAGAAAAAGUCACAUUAAAGGUUAAUCCUGAAUCUCAUAAACCAUUUGUGGAAGGUUCAGACAUCAGCUUGUCUUGUUCGGCUGACUCCAGACCUGCUGCCGUGUUUAGUUGGUUACUAAAUGAAAAAAAUCUGACGAAUUCUGAACAUGAGCUCAAGCUAAUCAGUGUUCAGAGGAAUCAGAGUGGAAACUACAGCUGUCGGGCCUUUAACAGUAAAACCAAAGUAUAUCAAACAUCUCAACCUGCAUUUCUCUCUAUAGUGG